UGUCCUGAGCCGAGCGGCGCCUUUCUGAGCCCGACUCCUGUCUGACCAUCCGGGUGAACGCGAUCGGCCGCGGCCGGGAGAGCCGCGGACACGGACAUGGAGCGCUGACCGGGGCCCUCUGUGGCUGUCUCGGAGCAGGUCCCCUUCCGGCUCAGUCCGCUGGGCUGCGGGACCGGAGUUCGAGUUCUCCCUCUGUGACUCUGGGCUAGUAGUGACUUGAGCCCUUCGUGCCUCGCUUUCCCCAGCUGCAAGGCGGGGUCCCGGAUUGUGUUCCCGGCCCCGCGCCUGAACCCUCUUUUCUCAGCCUGGCCUUGGCCCUAGCCAUGGACCCCGGGCCCCACCUGCAGGUAUCAAUGACAUUCAAGGAUGUUGCUGUGGAAUUUACCCGCACAGAAUGGCAGCACUUGGCCCCUUUUCAGAAGGAGUUGUACAGAGAUGUGAUGCUGGAGAACUACAGGAACUUGUUAUGCCUAGGACUUACAGUUUCCAAACCAGAUGUGAUCUCCCAGUUGGAGAGAAGGGAAGCACCCUGGACACCAGGAGGAAUCCAGAGAAGUAGCUGUCCAGAUUGGGAAACUACUCGUGAAACCAAGGAGUCAGCUCUAAAGCUGGACCUAUCAGUAGAAGAAUCAUCCUGGGAAUGUGAUGCCACGUUAAAGAGGCACCACAGCAGUGAGGGGGGAAAUCCUCAGAAAGGAAAAAUAACCCAAAGGAAACCUGCAAAUAAAUUGAGAGGCCGCAAAUAUAACAACUGUGACAGUAGCUUCAGUCUAGGACAUAUCCCUUUUGCACAACAGAGAUUAUCUGUUGGAAUGAUUCUCCAUAAAUGUGAUAAAAACAGAAAGCACUUCAGACUGUCUACAGACUUAAGAAAACAUAAGAGAAUAUAUUCAAAGAAGAUAUUUUCCAAAUAUACUGAAUAUAUGAAAUUCUUUAAGUAUAAGUCACACUUUAUUGAAAAUGAUAGGCUACAUAAUGGAGAGAAAUGCUAUCAGUGUAGUGAAUGUGGGAAAGUCUUCAGCCAGAAAGCCAGUCUUACUCAACAUCAUAGAAUUCAUACUGGAGAGAAACCUUUUGAAUGUAAUGUGUGUGGGAAGGCUUUCCGCCAGAGCACAGGACUUAAGCAACACCAGACAGUUCAUACCGGAGAGAAACAUUAUGAGUGUAAUGAAUGUGGGAAGGCCUUCCGUCUGAGAACACAGCUUAUUCAACAUUAUAGAAUUCACACUGGAGAGAAACCAUAUGAAUGUAAUGACUGUGGGAAGACUUUCCGGCAGAGUGCACAGCUUACUCAGCAUCAGACGAUUCACACUGGCGAGAAGCCUUAUAAAUGUGAGGAAUGUGGGAAAGCCUUCCGCUUGAGAACAUUACUUAUUCAGCAUCAUAAAAUUCAUAUUGGAAAGAAACCUUAUAAAUGUAAUGAAUGUGGGAAGGACUUCCGCCUCAGUUCACAGCUUAUUCAACAUCAGACAAUUCAUAUAGAAAAGAAACCUUAUAAAUGUAAUGAAUGUGGGAAGUCUUUUCACCAGAGAGCCUUACUUACUCAACAUCAGACAAUUCAUAGUGGGGGAAAGCCUUAUAAAUGUAAUGAAUGUGGGAAGGCCUUCCGAAAUAGCACAUGCCUUACUCAGCAUCAGACAAUUCAUACUGGAGAGAAACCUUAUGAAUGCUAUGAGUGUGGGAAGGCUUUCCGAUUGAGUGCAUAUCUUAUACGGCAUCAGAGAAUUCAUACUGGAGAGAAACCUUUUACAUGUAAUGACUGUGGGAAGGCCUUUACCCAUAACGCAGGACUUUCUUUGCAUAAAAGAAUUCAUGCUGGAGAGAAACCAUAUGAAUGUGAUGAAUGUGGGAAGGCCUUCCGACGUAGAUCAGGUGUUGUUGAACAUAAGAUAAUUCAUACUGGAGAGAAAACGUAUAGCUGUAAUGAGUGUGGCAAGGCUUUCCGCUGGAGGACAGGCCUUAUCCAACAUCAGAGAAUUCAUACUGGAGAGAAACCUUAUAAAUGUGAUGUAUGUGGGAAGGCUUAUCGCUUAAGCAAAGGACUUACUCAACAUCAAAAAAUUCACACUGGAGAAAAACAAUAUGGGUGUACUGAAUGUGGGAGUGCCUUCCGUCUGAAACGACAGCUUACUCAACACCAGAAACUUCAUAGUGGGGAGAAGCGUUAUGAAUGUGAUCAGUGUGGGAUGACAGUUCACACUGGUGAGAAACGCUUUGAAUGUAAUGAAUGUGGAAAGGCUUUCCGCCAGAAGACACAUCUUACUGAACAUUUGUCGAUUCAUAGUGGUGAGAAACCCUUUGAAUGUAAUCAAUGUGGAAAGGCCUUUCGCUUGAGAACACAGCUUACUCAGCAUCACAUAAUUCAUACUGGGGAGAAACCAUAUGAAUGUAAUGUAUGUGGGAAGGCAUUUAGUCACAGGACAGAACGUAAUCGACAUUAUAGAAUUCACACUGGAGAGAAACGUUAUGAAUGUAAUGAAUGUGGGAGGGCCUUCAGGCUGAGCACCCACCUUACUCGGCAUAAGAGAAUUCAUACUGGAGAGAAACCUUAUGAAUGUAACAAAUGUGAGAUGGCCUUCCGCCUGAGGGCACAGCUUACUCAUCAUCAGAGAAUUCAUACUAAAGAGAACAUUUAA